CAAAUCAGUUCAGUUCCCAACGAGUGCUGCGACUGGAAACAUUUCAGGAAAUCAAGAGAAGCCCGAAAGAUGUCUGCGUGCAAAGUGCUCAGUGCUCAGUGCCUGCUGCUUGGUGUCUGCCUUUUGGCCUUGGUAGCUGCCCAGGUGGCCAUCACGCCUCGCGCAUGUCCGGCCAAUGAGACAUUUCUGCCCUGCGGUCCCAGUUGCCAGACGGAGUGCGCUACGCUGAACCAGCCCUGCCUGAUCAGGCAUAUUCGCUGCCCCGACGGCUGCUACUGCAACAAAGGCUUUGCCCGCGACUCCGCUGGCACCUGCAUACCCAUCGCUCAGUGCAGCAGACGUGGCUCCCACUCCAAUUAAACACAAUUCAAUUGAUGACAAAAGAUUCCCAAGUCGAUAAACAGCUGUCGAGUUUUAUUUA